GUGCCUGUAUGCCAUGGCUUCGAUUCUAAACGACAUAUAUGUGUGUAUGCAAAAACGGAUACUUACCGUACCAUUCAACCCCUGUAUCUUGAAUGAUGUACCAGUGGUUGAGCAAUCUGACAUCCGUUCAUAUCUACGCUGAACCUUUAUUGAGUACAUUUGCAGCCGACUUUUCACUCCGAUGGUUGGACUUGACGGAGAACUACAAUUGACAUUUCUCGUGACAUUAAUGGCAUCCAGGUGUCCAAUGAAUCAAGUUGUGCCGCUCGCUAUGUAACGAGCGUUUCGCUGCCGACCGGUCACGGCUGUUUCGUUCGACAUUGGGUUGGUAUAUUGCAGUCUCCUUCAGAUCUGGAGCUUUUAUAAUGUCUUCUGCCCUUGACUGAACUCGGUCAUCUCUCUGUAUACGCUAUCCUGCGCCCAUAUAGCACUGCGUCGUGCUGUUUUCUUGGCCUCGGAGGAGCGUCAUCGGGAUCUAAGUUCCGGUACACAUUCAGGGGCAGCAUUCUCGCUGAAUUUGGCAUCUUGUUCAGUACAUCCUUUCAAUGCUUCGGCACCAUGAGUUGCUCCGGACCGUCGUACUGCAGUAUGAUCUGUCGCCACUAGACUAGCGGCCGACGGCGACGCGGAGGUUUCUCGCUGUUGGGCUAGUUGUGAAACAUCUGUCAAAGGGCUUGUUGCCAUGGCCAAAAUAUGUGAAGGGCCCAUGUGUUGAACCAACAAGCCAACGAAACAGCCGAAUAUUUUUUCGCAGUAGCGUGGGUACAAUGAUGAAACACGUUGAUCUGCUCAUCCACUUCGGAUUGCUUCCAGCUAUUUAUCUGCUCAGUUGUAGGUUCCAUGGAGAGACAAAUAGCCAAGUAUGAUUCAAAAACAUUAAUGCGGGGAAGUGUGGGGAAGGUGGUUUAAGGACUAAGAAUAGGACCGGCCGGGCCGACCAGGAACGUAGGAUGGAGGUCAUCGAGCAGUCCGUCAUGCCUACCCUCGCGCUGUCCAGAUUCCAGAACAUCAGAGUUUACUGGCUCGCGUUUAUUGCGUACUGGGGUAUCGUCUUGUUCGGUUACGAUACUGGGAUCGGUGGAGGUGUGGUCACGCAGCCAUACUUCCAGGAACACUUUGGUAUCAUCGGUGCCGAUGGCAAGAUCGAUACCAAGAAAGCCAACGACAUUAACUCCAACGUCGUCUCCGUGCUUCAAGCAGGCGCUUUCUUCGGCGCCCUUGGUUCUGCCCCCAUUUCGUCCGCAAUUGGUCGGAGACUAACGCUCCUCUUGUUCUCCAUCAUUUUCUCUGUUGGAGCCAUUUUGCAAACAGUUGCAGGCGGCUCUCGAGGAAUUGGUUACAUCUACGCCGGUCGUGUCAUUGCCGGCGUCGGUAUCGGCGCCAUCUCUGCUGUUGCGCCAGCUUUCGUCUCAGAGAGUUCUCCAAAGGAAGUCCGUGGUAGGAUUACCGGUGUCUUCCAGAUUAUGGUUGCCGUCGGUGUCAUGCUCUCAUACUUUAUCAACCUGGGAGUCAGCCUUCAUAUUAAGACUGGUUUCGCAGUGUGGCGGAUACCUUUGGGUUUCCAGCUUGUGCCGGCUGGCAUCAUGGCUUUCGGACUCCUCACGAUCAGGGAAUCGCCUCGUUGGCUUGCCUCCAAAGGUCGUUAUGAGGCUGCGACCAAAAAUUUGGCCUAUUAUCGCCGUCUUCCUCCAGAUGACCCAUGUGUCCGUCACGAGAUGGCCGAGAUUGAAGCCGCCGUUGAGGAAGAACGCGAAGCACGACGUGGUUUGGGUUUGAAAGAAGCCUUUUUCGGCAAGGGCAAUGCAAUUCGAUUUGUCAUCGCCAUCGUUAUCUUCAUUCUGCAGCAAUUCAGCGGCCAGAACUCAGUCAACUACUACGCUCCUCAGAUUUUCAAGUCGAUAGGAUAUGAGGGUACCUCAAACUCCCUGCUCGCUUCUGGUAUUUACGGCAUCGUGAAAGUCGUUGCGACUGCCCUCUUCGUCUUCUUCCUGGUCGAGUCUCUGGGCCGUAAGCUGUCCCUCUUUAUCUCUGCCAUAGGCAUGGGUACCCUCUUCUUCAUCGUCGGCGCGAUCCUGAAAACUCAUCCUCCACCGGCCAUCGCCCCGCCGACGCCACCUGCUGCAUCCAAGGCCAUGGCAGCCAUGUUGUACAUCUAUGUUUGCUUCUAUUCUAUGGGCUGGGGCCCUCUUCCUUGGGUUUACGUGUCUGAUAUUUUCAACACACGUACACGACACUUGGGUCUGGCUACUGCUAGCGCGUCACAGUGGCUCUUCAAUUUCGUCCUCUCCAAGAUCACCCCAACCUUAGUGACCGAUCUCGGAUACAAACUUUUCCUCAUGUUUGCUACGAUCAACAUCGCAGGAAUGGGUAUAUUCUCUCUUCUUAUUCCUGAAACAAAAGGUCGCAGUCUGGAAGAGAUGGAUAUCAUCUUUGGUUCCGUUCAGCAGGAGCAACGACAGGCCGGUAUUGCGAGGCAAGAGAAAGAAAUCGCACACGAGGCUCAAGACACUACGUCAACGCAAUCAGAUGAGCAGAAAGUCUGAGUCUCAUGCAUCAUAUAUUUUCUUGUGUACGAUAUUCAAUGGAGGUCGAGAAUUGCUAUUGUUCGCGUCAUCUAUGCUGAUUUAUCUUUACGAAAGUCGCCUUAAUGCGCCAUUUAAUGUUAUGUCACGAUCGUUCGACAUGACUUUUCGUUUGUUGUAUUCGGAAUCCUAUCCUUGUUUCUUUGCUGUUUUCUCCGCUCUUUCACUGCUUGUAUAAUAGUCGCUUAGGGUAGUCUCCAUCCUUUUUUGUUGUAGUACGACCGCGUGAUGACACCGCAAAAAUCUCGGACGUCCUUGAGAUCGAGAACAUCAAGUAUCCC